AAAGUGUUUCUGAUGAGCCAAUCAGCCGUCAGAGGUCUCUGCAGCUUCUCUAAAUAGGGAUGUUCAGUCCUCAGCAGACAUCCACAGCCAUGGAGCUUCUUCCUCUCCUGUGUCUCCUCCUGAGCUGCUCUGCAGGAACAUCUGCUGAUCAAACCGAGCCAGAGGUCAUCCGCAUGGUCGUGAAAGAAGGGAGCGAAGCCAUUUUACCGUGUUCCCUCGGCACGACGAACAUUAAGGGAGAGCUCUUUGACUGGAAGAAAGAUGAAAAGAAGGAAGUGUUCUUGUACGAUAAGGGCAACCAUUACAACAACGGCCGAGUGGGUCAAGAUGAGCGGUUCAAAGGACGAGUCUUUCAUUUUCAGGAGCAGCUGCAGUUCGGUAACGCCUCCAUAGUCAUCAGAAACACCAAGGUGACUGACAGCGGAAGCUACACCUGUGAUUUUCCACUUCCUCAGAGAAAAAGACAAUCCCGCAUUGCGCUCGUUGUUGAUCCUAUCUUAAAGGACAGAUCAGCUGAAAACAUCCCAGGAGCAUCUCCAAAGCCGUAUGUCAAGACACUUAAAACAGAUGAUGGGAUGCUGCUGCUGUGUGAAGUUCUUGGUGCUUUUCCAAAACCUACAGUAGAGUGGCAGGACAGUGCUGGAAACAAACUUCCUGCUGAGGAGACACAGGUCUCAGAAAGAGGAGGCAGCUUCUACAUCAUCCUCCAAACUGCUGUGACCAGGGCAGACAACUAUCGCUGUGUAGCCACACAGGAGGAGAUCAACCAUCAGAUUGAAGCUAACACCUACGUGGAGAUCAAUGGUUCAGGAUACAACAACAAAUAUACACGACAACAACAGAAGAAAAGGUCGAUGAUGUCGCCUCUGUUUGAAGGCCGGUGAAUAGAGGUGGGUCUUUAGCAACGACUUGAACGUGUCGGCGGUCCGAGCAGUUCAGCAGGUAAAGUGUUCCAAAGAUCAGGAGCAGCCGCUGAAAAGGCUCGCUCACCUUUAGUCUUUAACCUGGAGCUGGGGACAUCAGGGAGCAUCUGAUUGGAUGACCUCAGUGCUGAGUGCAAGAUCUCACCCAGAUUCUUGGUGAACGGACGACGAUACGUUCCUAAAGAACCAACAGCAGCUACACGAGCACUUAAACCAUCAGGACGACCGAACGCAACAACCUCAGUCUUACUUUCAUUGAGACAGAGUGUAAAAUAAAAAGGUCGUGCCUCUGAGCGUGCUCUCUCCUCACAUCUCUGUGCAUGUGCACCCAGUGUGCCCACUUUGGCCACGCCCCCAAAGCGCAGCAGUGAGUGAGGCGUCCAGACGACAGCUGGGCUCCACUUCACAGACUGCAGUUUUUUUCUGAUGGGCAGCUGAGAGUUUAUUGUUGAUGUUGUGUUGAACGCCGUUAAUGUUUAUAUUUAGUGGGUUUAGAGAGUUAGUAGUUGUGUUCUGUGGACGUGAUGCCGUGCGAGCUCUGUUAACGCUGUUUCUGCGUUCUUUAUGGUUCUGUUCUCUGUAUAUUGUUUAUACUCGUGCUCAUUGUUAGUGAUUGUUACGGUGACUGUCAUGCACAUGUUACACAAUUCCUGUUUGCUAAUCAUUAACUGAUGGCUCAUUACAUUCUAGCUGUUAUUGGCCGUUACUGUUGCUCAGGGUGCGAGCUGUUCUGUAGAUGUCUAUGUCUAGCUUGGGUUUGUUUUUACUGUAACUCACCUGUAUCUAAUCAGUCUGUACUGCUGUGCUUUGUUGUUACAGAACCACUCUCACACCUUGUAUCUGCUUUUAUAGAUACAGAUAAACGGUCUCUUUGACAAUCUCAAAUUCUUUAUAAACUCUCACCUGAGCACAAAAUAGCGUCCUGACCCGACAACCUGAAGCUGAUUGCUGUCACGCCUGUUGAUCCACCACAUACACAUUCUCUCUCUCUCACACAGAGAAAGUUCUGAUCCAACUUCAGAUCUCUCAGGCAGUUAAGCAGGGACUGAAUUGAGGCUUUGUCAUUGGGUUUUACAGCCAAAUAGAUUUGUACAUCAUCUGCAAAACAAUGAAAGGAGAUAUUCUGUACUUGAAAAUGGACCCCAAUGGCGGCACGUAGAGUGAAAAAAACAUGGGGCCCCCAAUAUAUGGACUCUUGGGGGACCCCACAAGAAAGAGGGGCAGCAGAAAACUCAGCGAGGUGAACAGAGGAACUCCUGUCAGCGAGUCGGGAUAAAAGAACGGAGUGGUUAACCAUAUCAAAGCACUAAAUCAGCUAAAAGAAAAUCAUUGAAACUCUUCACAGAGCAGUUUCAGUACCGUGACGGGGCUUAAAUCCAGACUGGAAUUUUUCAUAAAUACUAAAAUCAUGUAAAAAUGACUGAAGGUGAUUAAAAAAACCUCUCUCUCCAAGACUUUUGACGAAAAGAGAAGCUGGUCUGAAAUUAGAGAGAAUCUAAGUAUCCAGAUUCUUCUUUUUUUAAACGCUGUCGCACAUUAAACAGCUGGAACUCACCCUGAGCUGAGAGAUGUAUUAACCGAGGACACAAUGCUCGACCCUGCAGCGUUAAAAACAUCUUUAAAGAAGCGUGCAGGAAAACUGUCAGUUUGUUAGUUUAACUAGAAAGAAGGGGGAAUGUAACUUGGCUCAAACUGCAGGAAGACGGCUGGGCUGACAGGGCGGGACAGAGGGGCCUCUGGGAAACGUAGUGGGUGAAAAGCUAAGAGCAGUGAUUUUAUUAAUAAAACAUUUUAGAAAGUUUCCACAUUAAAUUAUCACGAGGGUUAACAAGAGAGGCCAACAGAUUUUACUGCUCUGUGGUAUUUACAUCAUGUGUCCCUCAAUAUUUAGAAAGAGACUUGAAGUUUAUCCUUUUUCCACUUUCUCUCAGAUAUUCUUCAGGCACGUCUGAGAGAGCAGGUAGUUUCAUUCAGCCGAGACUCUGAAAGUGGUUUAGAGCGUUUUUCCCUCAGUGGAGCAAAACAGUCCAAUAACUCAGUUCAAGUAAAAUAUAAAAGGCAAAAUAAAAUUUUUACACUCGCUUGAGGUGGAUUUUGCCCUUGUCAAAAAACAGUUAAUGCUCUAAGCGGGAGAUGGAAACACUUUUGCCGAAUAAGUUCUGACGUAGUGAACUUGUAACUCACAUCUGAUCAGCUGUUUCCGCUGUCGGCGUCUUGCCAGAUAUUCCCAUAACGUGCGGAGACCUGGCUGGCAGCAGUUUGCCCGCUUGAGACACAUUCCUGAGGACCUCUCUCCGUUUUUCUCAGAUCAGUGGUCCUCAGGUUCACGUGACUGGUUUUGUUUCUGGUUUGGAGCCCAGACGUCUUGUUUAUUACAGCCAUGGGUAACGUCAACAGCUGACGUAACUACGCUUGCUGUAGCCUGGUUUAUUCGCUCCAAACAGCUGAUGGAAACGCUCAUAUUUCACAUUUACUUUGUUUUUUCUUUUUUACCACAUUACAAAAGUCUGCUUAAAAUUUGCACGACAGUUAGACAGAAACAUGACUAGUGAGUCUUUAAAAGCAGCAGAAAACUGUGAGGCAGUUAAAGGGUUAAUUGCUCGCAGGAGCACAGGUAGAAAAACUACGAACAGGGAAAGUAAAUAAGACGAGUUAAAGAUCUGAAAUUAAUGUGUCACAUAUUUCACUAAUAGUUAAACCGUACGACAGCACGAGGUCCAAAAUAUGUCCUUUUUCACCGGCCGGUGACAGUAUGUAAAAUCAAAGUAACUACAUCUGUCUGAUAAAUGUAGUGAAGUAGAAGUAUAAAGUAGCAUAAGUUGGAAAUAUUCAAGUAAAAGUACCUCAAACUUGUCCUGUCACUGCUCAGUGAAACAUAAACGUAUCUCAGCCUCAUGUUUAGCUGGAUGUUUAAUGUUUCCUGUUAACAAAGCUUAUCGUUUUCUUUGUGACGAUCAACAUCUAUGAUUAUGUAGCAUGUCUAAACUACCUAUGAAUUUUAAUAAAUUUGAGAAUUAAUACCCAAUUAUGAAUUUUAAUAUUCAGAAAAUAUCAAUCCAUAAAAGCUCUCAUUUCGAAAGGGGCACCACCGGAGUUGUUAUUAACUUAGAGUCUCCGGACUUCUAGGUAGCUUUUAAUAAUUAUACAAUUAUUCACCAGUGAUCAGUUAAUAAUAAUAAUCGCUUAAUUAUCUUAAAUCAAUCAGUCAGUCUCAUAUCUAAAGGAUAUGAGACUGAUAAUACAGACAAUUCCUUGGUUACAGUGAAUUUAUUAACUAACUAAGGUGAUAUAAAAAGGUGGUUAAAUACAUCAGAGAAAUAGUCAAAGGAGGGGGCAAGCCGGGCGCGUGCCGAAGCGCCGUUUAGGAGGGAAGCGUCCAGAGAGCAGGGCGAAGAGGAAGAGGGAAGAAGAGCGAACGACGUCGUGUGUCGCUCUUUUGUUGUGUGGGGCGUGGUUCCCCAGAGGGCAGUCCUGCGUUCCCGCAGGGCGGGGCGUUUCCGGUUUCCUGAGGGACUGUCUUUCUAAACUUUUAAUAUGUCCAUAAAAGAAAAAAGAAAAUCUAUUUGCAUGUAUUAUCAAAUAUUUCCCACAAUCAAACC